UAGCACCUACCUUUUUCCCUCAGAUUAAGCAAAGUUUCGUUAUUUGUUCCUAUUGCUCGAGAGUUUUCUUCUUUAUUUAUCUCCCCCAGAGAAUUUUCUUUACAUUACAGUCGUAGUAUCCCAAAAAUUUUGUGCUGAUUUCACUCGGCAAAAUCUAGCAAAUCAUACUAAGCAAGUGCAGUUCUUUAAAAACUAGUAAGGUCAAGUGAUUUGGAAGUCGGAUCUGGCUGCUGUAAUUUGGCAUGUGGGAUCGUGAAGGCCGAGCAUUCUCAACGUACAAGAGGAUGCCAUCUAGAGAUCAUUCAGCUGUAACGGAUGUAGAAGAGAAUUCAGCUCACUCACAGAACAACAUGGAUGUACAAACUACAGAUCCUUCAUGGUGGCUUUCGUUCCCACAUGUAGUAGUGGCAACUUUAGCUUCAUUCCUAUUUGGCUACCACCUUGGUGUAGUUAAUGAACCGCUUGAAAGCAUCUCCUUAGAUUUAGGUUUCAAUGGGAAUACUCUGGCUGAAGGUCUGGUGGUGAGCACAUCUUUAGGCGGUGCCCUUAUUGGAUCAUUGUGCAGUGGUUGGAUUGCUGAUGGUGUUGGACGUCGUAGGGCAUUUCAGUUGUGUGCUUUGCCUAUGAUUAUGGGUGCUUUCAUAAGUGCAACAACAAAAACAUUGGCGGGUAUGCUCAUUGGAAGGCUCUUAGUUGGGACUGGAAUGGGACUUGGUCCAUCUGUUCUGGCUCUUUAUGUGACAGAGGUUUCCCCUGCCUCUGUAAGGGGAACUUAUGGAAGUUUCAUCCAGAUUGCAACAUGUCUGGGACUUAUGGGGGCUCUUUUUAUUGGGAUCCCCAUCAAAGCAAUUGCUGGCUGGUGGCGCAUUUGCUUUUGGGUCUCCACAAUUCCCGCUGGAUUUCUUGCAUUUUUCAUGAUAUUUUGUGCUGAGAGUCCACAUUGGUUAUAUAAGCAAGGAAGAAGUGCUGAAGCUGAAGCUGAGUUUGAGAGGCUUUUAGGUGGACCACAUGUCAAAUAUGCCAUGGCAGAAUUAACCAAAUUGGACCGGGGGGAUGCAGCAGACACUGUAAAACUCUCAGAAUUGCUCUAUGGCCGCCAUUUUAGAGUUGUUUAUAUUGGGUCAAUCCUGUUUGCUUUACAACAGCUAUCUGGGAUAAAUGCUGUAUUUUAUUUCUCUUCAUCUGUAUUUAAAAGUGCGGGAGUACCAUCAGACUUCGCAAAUGUGUUAAUUGGAGUUGCAAAUUUGUUAGGAUCUGUCAUCGCCAUGCUUUUAAUGGAUAAACUUGGAAGGAAAAUGCUCCUUUUGUGGAGCUUCUUUGGAAUGGCUAUAUCAAUGCUCCUUCAAGUCGCUGCUGCAAAUGCUUUUGUGUCAGGCUCUGCAUCUUUAUACCUAUCAGUUGGUGGCAUGCUAAUGUUUGUCUUUACAUUUGCACUAGGAGCUGGUCCUGUUCCCAGUCUUUUAUUACCAGAAAUCUUCCCUAGUCGAAUUAGGUCAGAAGCUGUGGCAUUUUGUAUGUCAGUAUACUGGGUAUUCAACUUCUUCGUAGGUUUGCUCUUCCUGGGCUUGCUUGAGAAACUUGGGCCACAACUCUUAUACUCAAUAUUCGCGAGUGUUUGCAUGAUGGCUGUAGUCUUUGUUAAAAAGAAUGUAAUCGAGACCAAAGGGAAAACUCUUCAAGAAAUCGAGAUUGCUCUUCUACCACAGGAAUAAACAGUCGACUGCUAUAUAGAGACGGGAUUUUCGACACGAAGCCUCCUCAAAUGAUGUCUAAGAUGUGCCUUUCUAUAUGCUGAUUCGGGCUUUAGUAUAAGCUGAAAUGUAAAAUUGCAUCUCUUCCAUUAUAUUGCCA